AUGUUGGACGAAUCACAUACUUCACACAAUCUUGCACAGGGGUCUUCUGUUCCGCAACCAAGCCCAACAACAGGCAAUGGAGCAUCCACCACAUCGUCUCCACCCGGAACUUCCCAAAUGGCAACAGCAGCGGGAAGUGCUGCGGGCGCAGCUGGAGCUGCUGGUGCAGCGGCAGCAGCAGGGGCCGCAGCUGGAGCAGCAGGCGGUCUUGCGGGAUUAGCAGGUGCCAUUGCCGGGGCUGGAGCUGUGGCACAGGCAGGCAUGGUUGUGGGUGCAGGUAUGAACUUUUGA